AUGGACAUGCUAGGUCAGACGCCCAUCCCGUCCACGGCUAUAGACGAGUGCUUCCAUGAUGGGUUUGCGCUGAACAGUGGGGUACAAGUGACGGGGGGCAGUGGGGUGUUGUUGGUGAGUGGUGAGGCUUUUGAGUGGAGGCCUUGGGUGGUUGUUGCUGGUACUGGUACUGGUACUGGUACUGGUGCUGAGGGGGGGAUGGGAAAGGCGGCGAUACCACCCAAAAGAAAGCUUGUGAAUGAAAAAGGCCAGUGGGAUGUGUCGAGUGAAGAGCAGUGGGGGUUUCUGGGAAGGUUGUGGCCUCGGCCUGACCUCCUGAUCCUCGGCGUCGGCCCCUCCCUCCGUCCCCUCUCGCCUGCUACUAGAGCCCUGAUCAACAGCAUGGGCAUCCGCGUCGAAGUGCUGGACACGAGAAAUGCGGCAUCGCAGUAUAACUUGCUAGCGACGGAGAGGGGAGUGGAUCAGGUUGCUGCUGCGUUGGUGCCGCUUGGUUGGAGGGAGUAGGCUGUGGGUUAUGAGAUCUGGGCAAGAAGGUUGGGGAGUAAUGGUUAUGAGGAUUAGGAGGGGUGGGGGAGAGGGCGAAAGUAUAUGUAUGUGGAAGUGACAUUCGACUCAGGAUGAUUGGCUGGCGGCGAUGAUAACGGGACUGGGUGUCCAUUAGGAUUCGAGGCAGAAAGACAGAGCUCCAUCCAU